AUGGCAGACCUACCCAGGACGCCUCGAAAAGACAGGACCAAGGCAUACACAAGCACUUAUGGUGACCGGUUUAUCCCGAGUCGUGAUGGAACUGAUUUGCAAGCGGCGUUUCAGCUAUUGCCAGAAGAGAUCUGGACGCCCGGAGGUCGGCACAAGCGAAAAAAAAUGCCCGAUGUUGAUGCACAAAUGGAAGAAGCGAACGAAACCUAUUCCAUGCUUCUCAGUUCUGAAUUAUUCGGUACGGACCGGCCCGUGACCUCGUCGCCAUCUUCGCAUGGUAAUUGGGGUGCCCUUUCACCGACACGAACAGGCAGUACGACUCCACUCACCAACUCGCCUUCUGCUGUGCGUACGUAUCGUGCCGACUCUAUGCCCACGUCUACAUCCAAAAAGAACUUGCUGAGUUUUCGAAAUCCUGCGUCGUCUUCAACGACGCCAGUGAGUCGGCGUACCAUGAUGAUGAAUCCGUCCUCAAGCCGCAUACGAGACGCAGCGACAUUGGAUAAUGACGUGGCAGAUUUGUACGGAUCAGUCGCGCGUAGCUCGUCCUUUGUAUCUCCUAGUGUAUCGCCGGCGAGUACGCCCACAGGUGGCGUACUGUCGCCGUUUGAGCAAAUUGACUCCCCGAUCCAUACGGCCUACAGUACAUCGCCGGUGAAGCCUGAGAGUCAACGCCUGUUGAUGAAUGCGCGUGUAUCUUCGCGCGUCAUUAGCAAAGUGCCGUACAAGGUGCUGGAUGCGCCGGAGCUCGCCGAUGAUUUUUACCUCAACCUGGUGGACUGGUCGCAGCAAGAUGUAUUGGCUGUGGGUCUGAACAAAUGUGUGUACCUGUGGUCUGCCAAGACCUCAGGCGUGACGAAGCUGUGUGACCUGCAAGGCACGCAGGACAGUAUUACGGGUCUCAACUGGUCCGAGCAGGGCCAGUACCUAGCGGUUGGUACGCAGUCGGGUCUUGUUCAGAUCUGGGAUGUCGAGAGAGAAAAGCUGUUACGGACCAUGCUGGGACACACGGCUCGGGUGGGUGCGAUUGCAUGGAACCAUCAUAUCCUGACGACGGGAUCGCGUGAUCGGAACAUAUAUCACCGUGACGUGCGUGUCCCCGAGCACCAUAUCAAGACACUGCAGGCGCACCGACAGGAGGUGUGUGGCCUUAAGUGGAAUGCAGCAUGUGACCAACUGGCCUCGGGGGGCAACGACAAUAAGCUGUUGAUUUGGCAUGGGCUGUCAGAUACGCCGCUGCAUCGCUUCAACGAGCACACGGCUGCCGUGAAAGCGAUUGCAUGGAGUCCUCAUCAGCAGGGUCUGCUGGCAUCCGGCGGAGGUACAGCUGAUAUGAAGAUCCGCUUUUGGAACACACAGACUGGUAAGCCACUUUCGGUGAUCGACACGGGCAGCCAGGUGUGCAAUCUUGCGUGGAACAAAACGUCGAAUGAGAUUAUCAGCACCCAUGGCUACUCGAGUUCGAACAUGCACAACCAGAUCCAGCUGUGGCGAUACCCAUCGUUGUCUCAGGUCGCAACACUGACAGGCCACACGAUGCGUGUGUUGUACUUGGCCAUGAGCCCAUCCGGCAAGUCGAUCGUGACGGGUGCGGGUGAUGAGACGCUGCGGUUCUGGGACCUGAACACACCUGCGCGAGAGCAACAAGACCGCAUGGACGAUCGAAGCCUGCAGUCCUCCUUUAUGAAACUCCGUUAA